GCCCAGAAGUUGCGUAGCAGCUAGUGAUCUAGACACCUGUAGCUUAUUUUGAGCACCUGCAUGAGAAAAAAGGUGUGGUUGCUAGUGCUGGUGCUAGACAAUGGAAACCAGGUACACCUCCACUGUCAUCCGAACGGUCCCAGGGAUCAGCCCUUGUCGCGAUCUGCCAUUCAGCAACGACCCCACCCGCACACAAGCGCCACGACUGUUAAAAUCGGGACCGGGACGGACGCGGACUUUGAGUCUUUGAGUCAUUUCUUGAUUUUCGGCGACAACUCCGGGGUCAACGGGGUUUCAUACCGUUGAAAGGCUAUCAUAAUGUCUUUCAAGGCGCUUGAGAACCAUUUCAAGAAAUCUCCCUUGCUUGUUGUUUCUACUCUCAGAAACACCAGCCAACGCAACGCGACUAGAAUUGUCUUUUCUCGAUUGCCCAUCGCAAGAAACAUUUCAAACAUCAUCACUCCAAUCCGACAUCGGAGCGUGUACACUCGACAGCACACUCCCAUCGCACAGAUUGCAAUAAAAAGAACAAAUUCAACCAUGGCUCAAACAUCAGAUAUCGACAAUGUUACACGGCUCCUGACGAUGUCCCAGCUCCGCGGCGGCAAUGUCAAGAUCGACCCUGGUCAAUUUUCCCACGUGGAUCGAGACGCCGCCUACAAGAUCAUGGCUGCGGUGCAACAGGCGCUGAGAGAGGAGACGGGAAUGUACAAGACGGCCAUCCACCCGGAUGGCGUGGGUGUUGCGGCACCAAUCUACAAGUCCCGCAUCGGUCAGAGCCCGGACUUUUCCUUUCCGGGCGACAAGCUAAACAUCAAAGGCCUCGAGUUCGAGGUCGGAGUCAAGCUGGCCAAGGACAUCCCUGCAGGCGCAGACAAGACGACCAUCGCCGCUGCGGUCGACCACUACUACCUCGGCGUCGAGAUCGUCGGGACGCGCAUCACUGCCACGGCCGAGGUUCCCAAGGCGCCGCCGCCGCAUGGCCUUGCCGACAACAUGUCGGCGUUGGGAUAUGUCAUUGGUCGAGUCUACGACGGGGAGCCUACUGUGGACGAUGUACCUGUUUCGUUCGAGGUUGAUGGCAAAGUUAUCGACAGCAGGCCGGCUAAAUUCCCGUUCGAGGGAGGGAUGCUCGCUACUCUCGUCGCUUAUGCGAAAUCACAACAGCCGCAUCUUCUGCUCAAGGCUGGCAUGUUGAUUACGCUAGGGUCGGUGAACGGUUGUGUACCUCUCCCACAAGGCAGCAAGGGACGAGUUGUUGGCAGGCUGGGCGAUGAGACGCCGGUCGAGUUUGUAAUUGAAUAAGUCGGGUGAUUUAAUGGGAUAGAGACACGGAUAGCCUUGUAAUGAAUGUAUUCUGUUGUCAUAACUUUUCAACUUUACAAGGUCAGGUCGAUCUUAGGCUACAACAAAAAACAGAAGCUGAUACCAAAGCCUAAAGGAUGCCACGCACAGGUACCUGGGAUUCGGAAAAAGAAAUGACUACUCGAAUACAACCUGGUGUGAUUAUACAAUGUCAAAACUCAAAAUCAAAGUUUGUCUGCCUUGCAAACAUACGCGGAUGAGACAC